CGGACCGCCCCCUUCCUCCCUCGGCCGGCGUGUUGUGAGGGAGAGUGUGAGUGAGCGAGCGCGGGCCGGCGGGCAAGCUCCGGGAGUGCGAGAGGCGGGGCGGCGCGGCGGGCCCGGCCGGGUGUCGCGUGUGCGUGCGGAGGCGCGAGCGAGUGCCCGUCGCGACCCGCUAGCGGCCCGGAGCCGACGACCCGGCCGGCGAGCGGGCGGCCGGGCAGGGGCGGCAGGCGCGAGCCGCUGAGGGGCGCCGGGCCCGCGCGCACGCUCGCGCACGCACGCACGCACGCGGGGGGCGGGGGCAGGCGCGCGCCCGCCUGUCGCGACAGUCGGGGCCGAAGCCCAGGGGGAGGUGGCCUGUCGUGGGUCGCCCGGCUCCCGGAGGCGAGGGGGGCGCGGGCGGAUGGCGGAGGGCGCCCAGCCGCAGCAGUCACCUCAGCUCGGGCCCGGCGCCGCUGCCCGGGGCAUGAAGCGGGAGUCGGAGCUGGAGCUGUCGGUUCCCGGAGCGGGAGGAGACGGAGCCGAGCCUGGCCUGAGCAAGCGGCCGCGCACCGAGGAGGCGGCGGCCGACGGCGGCGGCGGGAUGCAGAACGAACCUUUGACUCCAGGUUAUCAUGGAUUCCCAGCGAGGGACAGCCAGGGUAACCAGGAGCCAACAACAACUCCUGACGCAAUGGUUCAGCCUUUUACUACCAUCCCAUUUCCACCACCUCCACAGAAUGGAAUUCCCACAGAAUACGGAGUGCCACACACUCAGGACUAUGCCGGCCAGACCAGUGAGCAUAACCUGACACUCUAUGGAAGUACACAAGCCCAUGGAGAGCAGAGUAGCAACUCACCUAGCACACAAAACGGAUCUCUUACGCAGACAGAAGGUGGAGCACAGACAGAUGGCCAGCAGUCACAGACACAAAGUAGUGAAAAUUCAGAGAGUAAAUCUACCCCGAAACGGCUGCAUGUCUCUAAUAUUCCUUUCCGCUUCCGGGACCCUGACCUCCGGCAAAUGUUUGGGCAGUUUGGCAAAAUCCUAGAUGUAGAAAUAAUCUUUAAUGAACGUGGCUCUAAGGGAUUCGGGUUCGUAACUUUCGAGAAUAGUGCUGAUGCAGACAGGGCCAGGGAGAAAUUACACGGCACCGUGGUAGAGGGCCGUAAAAUCGAGGUGAAUAAUGCUACAGCACGAGUAAUGACCAAUAAGAAGAUGGUCACACCAUAUGCAAAUGGUUGGAAAUUAAGCCCAGUAGUUGGAGCUGUAUAUGGUCCUGAGUUAUAUGCAGCAUCCAGCUUUCAAGCAGAUGUGUCCCUAGGCAAUGAUGCGGCAGUACCCCUAUCUGGAAGAGGGGGUAUCAACACUUACAUUCCUCUAAUCAUUCCUGGCUUCCCUUACCCAACUGCAGCCACCACGGCGGCCGCUUUCAGAGGAGCCCAUCUGAGGGGCAGAGGGCGGACAGUAUAUGGUGCAGUCCGAGCAGUACCUCCAACAGCCAUCCCCGCCUAUCCAGGUGUGGUUUACCAGGACGGAUUUUACGGUGCUGACCUCUAUGGUGGAUAUGCAGCCUACAGAUAUGCACAGCCUGCUACUGCAACCGCAGCCACCGCUGCUGCAGCCGCUGCAGCCGCUUACAGCGACGGUUACGGCAGGGUGUACACAGCUGACCCCUACCAUGCCCUGGCCCCUGCCGCUAGCUAUGGAGUUGGCGCUGUGGCGAGUUUAUACCGAGGUGGCUACAGCCGAUUUGCCCCCUACUGAAGUGACGUGAGACCCCUGCAAAUGGGACAGCCCCCCAGUUCAUGAGGCCUGGCUAUUGCAAUAUUUACUAGUAGAGGAACUCUAUAGCAAGAUGAAGAGGAAAAACAAACAAACAAAAAAACACAAAAAAAGAGAGAAUACUUUUUUAUACCUCACUAUGUUCUUUGAAUAUGUAUUUUUCCUUUAAAUUUCUGCCUUUAAUUCUUUUGUUCCAAAGAUUGUGCAUUUUUUUCUUUUCUUUUUUUUUCUUUUUUUUAACUGUGGUAAAAAAAAAAAAUAAUAAUGCAUUUCCAUGUCUGUAUGUCCGUGCUUAGCUUAUUCUAUCACGGAAGAGGCAGUUAAGGAGGAAGGAGAGACAUUAGGAGCUGAUAAGUGCAUCUGAUCAGAAAUCAGCAGACAGAAUUACCAAAGUGUAUCUGGUGCUGAAUUGCUGGGGGUAAGCAGAAGUGGGAGAGAUCUUCCUGGAGCAGGAUAUUCUUCUAGUCUUCUGAGUUUCUGGUCUUUGGCAGGCAAUUCUGAUUGGCUGUGGCUGGAAUCCACAUGCUGAUAGAUAGGAAUUUGUGCUUGUAAAGCAGGAGAAUUAAAAAGACCCUUUCCUCUCUUCUUCCCUCCUGUCUUCUCCAUUCUUUUUACAAUCAUCUUACACGCACAGCCUGAGACACUUGGCAUAGUUUUUGGAAUUAUAGUAUUGAUAUUUCCAAACAUGCUCUCAGACUGUGGAUAAUAAACACCUCAUUAGGAAACCGAUCUCAGAAUGAACUCUGGAGUAUGAAAAAGAUCAUUUCUUUUCUUUAAUCCUAGCAUUCCUGCUGGGCUUCUUCCCCUUUAAUUGAACCUCAGCUUAGCUCAUCUAUUCUUUUAUUAACACCCUGCUCCCAUGUCCUCAAGAUUCAGGAAUUUAGGACCCAGGGACAGAAGAAUAAGCCAGUGGCCAGGUAUCUGGACACAGGUUGAGGAUUAGAAGUACAAAUUGCUGACAGCCAUUAAAGAGAGUAAGGAAAAGAAAAGGAAUAUUAGAAGAUCUGAUAUUCCUUAUCUUUUUCUUUCAUCAGAAAGUACAAACAAAGUAUAAAAAAUAUAAUAAAGAAUCCAGUGGGGAAAGAUAAAUCACCAGGCCCUAGGUCAGCUGUCCCUGGAAGUUUUGGUGAUCAGGACAUAUAAGGGCAGGCAGAGGCACUUUGUACUCGCUCCAAAGCCAUAGGAAUUUUCAUCUUCCAGAGCCUUUAUGAGUCACUUCUCUGUCCACAGUCUUGAGCCCUUGUGGCCAUUGCACCCAGCUUCUUGUUAUCCUCCAGAGACACCCAGCUGAGCACCUGGACCACUUGGUAUACAUUAACACUACAGGACAUAAACUACGGAGCCCCUGAGGUUGCUCCCCUCCCAUAUUGGAAGGAGGGUCUGAAAUGGCAAGGAUCUUAAUAAUAUAUUGCCAGAAAGAGUCAUGCAGUGGCCACAGCAGUGAGUCACUGCUAUCGCUAUCUGGCUUUAAUUUUAUAUGUUAUCAAAGUAGGGGAAAAAGUAUUUCUCUUCUAGCUAUUAGAUAUAACUGAUAAAAGCAAGUGUCCUACAGCAUUUCCAAAAUGAAGGCAUUAGGAUAUAGGAAAGCACGGUCUUUUUGGCUCCCUGGUCUGUUCACAUUGGUACUAGGGUGACCUUUCACCCAAGGGAUAGCUGCUAAAGGGAGUAAUUCAGAGACAUGGAGCUUCUGGUUUGUUAUGGCUUUGUUUUUGGUUUGUUUUUUUAACUCCUGCCUCCACACAUGUUCUUGACUGGUAACUGAUUCAUGUCCCUGAAUUAAAAUGACUGACAUAUGACAGCAUCAAGCAUUCUUUGCAAGCAGAGUGAUAUAUCUUGGGAGGGCACUGGCCUGUCAUAUAUAAUACAUAUCUUCUCCCCCUUUAGAAUCCUUUCCCCUAAUAACUGGGGGAGAGGCUGUGCCUGAAACUAGGGGAGACAUCAAGGAAGCUAGAGGCCUCGAUGCAAUUAUUAUUAAUUCUGGGGAGGAAUACGUAGAAUAAGGGGACACAAAACUGCCCAGUCCACUGGCCGUUUUUAAGGCCCCCCCCAAGCCAAAGUUUGUUUUGUUGCUGUUAAGACAAUUUUCCUUGUAUGUAUAUAAAUAUUUUAGUUAGAGGAGGGGGGAGUGGGAUGUGGGACUUUCACAGUUCUGGGGAAUGGGGGCAGGGAGGAUUUUGCUUUUGCUUUUGUUUUGAGGGAUAACUUUCACUGAACUAAAGAAACUGAAAGGAAUUUGGGGUCCUGAUCAAAUAGGGGCCAUUCUGAGAAGAUAGCAAGUCGUGUGCUCAGUGGAGACAAGGCCAAAUUCUAAAUGGUUGUAUCCAUAGCAGGGGAGGAGAAUAGGGGAAUGAGUUUAAGAAUUUUUCUCUUCUUUUUUUCCUAGAAAAAGAUAAGGAUGAUGGGAAAGGUAGAGAAGACAGCUCCCACAGCCCUUUUAAAAGAGGCAGAAGCUUGAGCUUGAGGUACCUUUUGUGCAUUUCAGUUCAGCUGGUUCUGGCUGAGGCAUCUGAAGGCAAGCUCUGUUUCUCAGUGGGUCUCUGCCACAUUCCCAGGGAUGGUUCUUAAUAACCGCUUCCUCCAGCGCCCUUUUCUAAGAAAGAUUAAAUGGAGUUCUGCUUUUUAUGAACGAGUCUUUGGUUUUCAGUGUCAACACUGAGAAUUGGGGCUCUCAUAAGCAUCUAGAUUUCACAGUAUCAACCUCCCCAUCAGCUUUUGAACUUUGAGACUCCAUAUAAUCACAUUCAUCAGAGGCAGGUUCCUCAAAGCAGCAAUGCUUGUGUAUUCCUGAUUCUGGUUCUCAUCAGAUUAAGAUGCAGAGUCAGAGGAGUCUGGCAUUUUGUGAGUUCGUUAGAGGAUGCUGAUUGAUAGUUCCAGAAACCUUACUGAUGCUGAAUCACAGUCCAUGAAUGAUUUUUUUUCAGCUUUACUGUAGUUUCUGAUCUGGACUUUAUAUACUGAGCAUUUUAACUCUUAGAAGCUGGGCUCCUUUAAAGAGACCUCUAGUGAAGACCUUUAUCUCAAUAUCCCUCUUUCAGCCCAGAGAGCUGCCCUUAGGUCUUCUCCAGAAUCCCUUGUGUUACUUAGUUUGACUCCCACUAACUCAGAUCAGCCAUUGUGAUUCAUCAUUUUUAAGGCUCAGGUUUAACAAAACCUAUCACCGUCAUCCUCCAACAGCCACAGUCUGAAUUGAGCCAACAGAUUUUUUUCCUUGAAAAAGAAGGGGCCUGGGGCUCAACUCUACUUACUUUAAGGGGAGCUAGUGGAGAUCUAGUCAAUAGAAAUCAGUGAUAGCAGCUUUUCCUCAAAUGCGCGACUCCUCAGGGGCUGAACUGCUCUUAGUUUAGGAUAUGCUUUACUAGAGAUAUAGCAGAUAAGUCGGUUAAUCACUACCAUCCUAUAACUAGUCAUGUAGCUUCCAGAUACAAGGGAGGUGUCAAAUAGGGAUGGAAACAACCCCAAGGAUAUGCACAAAGGGCAUGAUAACCCGCCUUCCCUCUGGCAGGAGAUCAAGGCCGACCAAGGGACAGUCUGGAAAGCGGCUUAGACACUUAAGGAGGGUAAAGGGGAAGCUGUUGGGUGGACCUUCCCCUUUCACCCAGUCCAGCAGCUCUGCUGCUUGCAACUAUCUAGCACAGUAACAUUUGCAGAAUUGCAGAUUUUUCCCCCAGAUACUAGGAGGAAAGGGACUUUGGGGGGUGGGGAAGGGGUUGUGGUGUUUUAAAAGCAUAAGUUACCUGUUUGCACUGUUUUUAAGAUAGGAAAAAAAUAGUGGGCAAGGUGAACAUCAGACGUAAAUUUGUGUGUUUUUAUUUUGUCAUGCUCUUGAAAAUGUUCGACCAUUUGUAGUAUACGCAGUGAAACUUGAUUCUCUGUUGCAUAAAACACUAUUUUUUUUUUUUUUUUUUGGAAAUGUUACUGUCCAAAAGCCUCUUCCCUCCCUUUCCUUUUCCUAUAUACUUCCUUCAUACUUGCUUUACUGAUCAACCAGGCAAUAGCCAUCCAAGAGCUAGAGCAUGAAACAGGGCCCUUUCCAAGUAGGCUCUGGGUGUCCUAAGCCAGCGUGUACCCUCUGGUUUAGUGAGUGCAGUAGAGUCCCUGGCACCUUUCUCUGAAAGUAAGGCGUACAGACUGCAGCGAGUUAUCAAAUUCCUCCAUCAGAUGCACUAGGAAUGAGGAGCCGAGGGAUGGGAUGGAGGGGAUUCCUGAAGUAUUGCAGUUGGCUGUAGUAGCUGAGUUCUUAUCCAUGUUACCGAAACUGUAGCCAGUUACAGUUUACUCAGGAAACGGUAGAUCAAUUCAGCCAUGGUAGUGCUGGUUGGCAGGGAUUGGUAACUGAGAGAACUGCUCCUCAGCCAAAACGCAGACCUUGCCUUCAAGGAGACCACCAGCAUGGGACCUGGUCCUCUGUGUCUGGUGGCUGUGUACAUGCCGGUGACGUGAGGGCUCCACUCGCCCUGGCGGGCAAAAAAGGGAACAGCGAUUCUUUUCUCUCCCCACCCCCUGCCCCUGUUACCAACACCAGUUUCCCAGGGGGUACAUCAGUUUUUGAAUUUUUAAAAAAAAUUUUUUUGGUUUGGUUUUUCCGGGGACUAAGUGCUUUAAGCAAUGUCUAUACCCCAACAAGACUCCCAGCUUAGUCAUUUUCUUGUAUUUUUCUGUUCACAGUAUUUUUGUGUGUGUGUGUGUGUGUGUGUGCUUGUUUUGGCAGCUCAUUUUGGCUGUAUUAUAUAUCGAGUGAUGAAUUGAUCCUCUUUUUUCCCUAAGGGAUAUGAAUUUUUUUUUCUUGUGUUACAAUUCUGCUUGUGAAUAGCUGGAGCAACCUGGGGCUGACACACGUAAGCUAGGGCUGCAAAGCGAGAAGAGAGCCAGUGGAGUUUACUUGUCCCCGACAGGCUGACCUACCUGAGUCUCUGAGCUUUCAGUCCAAAUCUUUGCAAGGCUCAAAAUGCCACGAAACCUCUCCUCUCCUCUUCUCCCCACUCCCUGUGGCAGGGACUGGGCCACCCCUACAUGCAACAUGCAGUUUCUCUGGCCCCUCCCAUUGCCGUGGCAAAACAGGUACCUUUGGGGCAUGGGGGCAUCACAUGGGAUGCUUGUGUAACUGACCACCUAGCCUUCUCUGUCCCCUCCCGUCCUUCCAGAAUCACUUCCUAGGACACCCGAGCUGCUUGCCCAGGGUCCUGUUUCCCUGCUAACUCCAGAGAAGCAUCCCAGGGCUUUGUGACAGUCUCUAUUCCCUUCCCUUCUCGUUAAGAAUCAUAUUGUAUAGUAGCUUUCAGACCAUACAGUAUUCAUUGGGUUACUCCUAUUAUUAUCAAGUAGCUGGAAUUGUGAAGGUUGGAGUAGUUAGAUCUUUAGCUUUUAUUCCUUAUUUUUUUGUAUUACUCUCCAUGUGUAUAAAUUAUUGAUCAUGUUGCUGGCUUUUAUAAACUCUAAGCGAAGGAGGAGCACUGCCUCAGCCUUUGCAAAUGGUAAUGAAGCACUGUUUUUAAAUAAAAGAGAGAAACACCA